GAACCUGGUUCAAGUUGGACUUUGACAAUCCCUUUCACGCUCUUUUGUUUACGACCUUGAUGACAUAGAAAACGGCUUUUCCAACGACUAGACUACAAUACUGGUGCUGCUAGCGGCCCUUCGAUUCGCAUAUAUUCAAGCAACGCGAAUAAUUUGAUUAAGGCUUCCUCAACCUCGACCUUAGAACCUUGUCAAUCACGCAUACAACAAGAUAAAACUAUGUGGAGGAUGUCGCAAUACUUUUCUGGACUCUUGAUUCUGGUUGCUUGGGCUGGUUCUGUUGCUGCUACACUCUAUGGAACGGCUCCUAUUGCAAGUACGGUAUGGAGCGCGGAUCAUACAGAAACUAUUACCUGGGUUGAUGACGGGCGACAUCCUCCAAUGUCCAAGAUGGGAAAGAUGGAUAUAGAACUCUACGUUGGACAGAAUAACCACGUUGUGACUCUUGCAAGUCACGUAGACCCGGGGAGCGAAAGCCACAAACUGAAAGUAAGCCCGAAGUGGGGCCACAAUGGGUCAGAUUAUCACGUCCGUUUUGUAUUCGCUUCUGAGACAAUUUAUACCGCGGACUUCACUAUAACCGACAUGGACGAACCAUCUUCUCAUAAAGCCAAAUUUGUAACCCGUACUUCCAGCAGCGUACCCGCAGGAGCAAGUCUCUUCACCCCCAUUGUUACUUUCGUCCUUCCGGACACUACGGUCGUCAGCCAACUCUCUCCUACAUACAUGACCCCUAGACCAACGAACACCAUCCCAUCCUCAAUGUACAGUUCGUAUAGUCCAGUCGGCGUGGAAGGAAAUACUAUCAUACAAGUCGAAGCGGAACCUACUGGUAUAGUCCGGUCGAACGACGCUGCUGCUGCUGCAGGAAGGAUGGAUAUCGAGAAGUUGAAGUUUAGGGUCGUGUUUAUCCUUUGGCCGGCGUUGAUUGGCCUUACUAUGGCCCUUUGAUUCUAUUUUUGUGGAUGUUUGGUCUGCAGGUCAGACUUGGGGAUGCAAGAUUAAUAUAGUGGGUUCUCUUUGUAGCUCUAGAUGUGUAUUCUUGUCUGUUUUGUAUUUCUAGUGUCUUCAG